CGACGCCACCAGCCAAUGGGGAAGGGCAGCGUGGAGCCGCCCGUCUGGGCUCCGAGGCGCGUGGACCAAUGGAGGCAUGGUGUGUGGGAGGGCGCGGAGAGCACCCACCAAUGGGGAGCCACGGCGCGCGGCCCGGACCUGGAGGAAGCGGGGCUCUGCGGGCGCGGUGUAGUCGGGCGGUGGCGGCGGCGGCGGCGGCGGUGGAGGAGGAUGUGGGCCACGCACGGGCUGGCGGUGGCGCUGGCUCUGAGCGUGCUGCCGGGCAGCCGGGCGCUGCGGCCGGGCGACUGCGAAGUUUGUAUUUCUUAUCUGGGAAGAUUUUACCAGGACCUCAAAGACAGAGAUGUCACAUUCUCACCAGCCUCUAUUGAAAAAGAACUUAUAAAGUUCUGCCGUGAAGCAAGAGGCAAAGAGAAUCGGUUGUGCUACUACAUUGGGGCCACAGAUGAUGCAGCCACCAAGAUCAUCAACGAGGUGUCGAAGCCCCUGGCCCACCACAUCCCUGUGGAGAAGAUCUGUGAGAAGCUCAAGAAGAAGGACAGCCAGAUCUGUGAGCUAAAAUACGACAAGCAGAUCGACCUGAGCACAGUAGACCUGAAGAAGCUUCGAGUUAAAGAGCUAAAGAAGAUCCUGGACGACUGGGGAGAGACGUGCAAAGGCUGUGCAGAAAAGUCUGACUACAUCCGGAAGAUUAAUGAACUGAUGCCUAAAUACGCCCCCAAGGCAGCCAGUUCACGGACUGAUUUGUAGUCUACCCGAUGCCUGCUGCACCUGAGGGGAAAAACACUUCAUCUGUGUCUGUCCCAAACAGCCUUUUUGUAAUUUAUUUUUUAGGCAGGCUCCUGACAAAGUCAGGCUUGAAGCCUGGAGCUUUCCUGAUGAUGCUGGGUCCACAGCGCCCCCUUGGGGGGGAUUCACUUUGUUCUGUUGCCGAUUUACUCUAGGACUUCAAAGUAUGUCUGGGAUUUUUUUAUUAAAGGAAGAAAAUUUCUAGCUGUCUUUGAAGAAUUAAAGUGAAUACUGAAAUUGGGUUUUACCCAUAAU